AGUUACAUGUUUAUGUCAACAACCCCUGUGCAUAUAGUUUGAACAUUGAUUUUUAAAUGCUCUAGACACUAAUUGAAUAAAUCUUAACAUCCUAUCUGUGCGUCACUAGAGUGCUUUGAGGUACAAUAUUAGCCAGGCUCAGAUGCCUGUGAUUGCACAUAAUUUGGAGACACCAGCUGGGUAGAAACACACUCUCUGGCUUUCAGAGGAAAUGGAAAGUUUUUUUAUUUGUUUUCAAAGACAUUCCUUGUCUGUUUGUGUGGCAUCUAGGGAAUUAAUUAACUCCAAAUGUAAUUGGACAUGCUUUUAGUGUCCUUGUGUUCUCUGACUUGCAUAACCAAGCUUUGCUGUGCUCAGCCAUUAUUAGUAAAAGUGUCAUAAAACUUGUUUUACUGUUGUCCUGAGGUUGAUUUAUAUCAGUCAGUCCUUUUAAUGGCCACUAUUCAACCUCAGAGCCUGGGCAAUUGACAGUCAGUGUGCUUAAAAUACCAAAAUAAACUGUUCAUUUAUAAGAUAAACCUUAAUAGAAUUAGACUUUGGGAUAUUAUAAUCAAUCAUGCACAUUAUUUGUGCUUGAACUGCUACUAGACUUGAUACUGUUUAGCCUAGUAAACUUUGACACCUUGUUCUGCUCUUAUUUUAUUGUGCCUGAAUGCCCUGAACAAUUAAAAAAACUCUUUGUUUGAAGCAUACCAAACAGUAUUAUCAGUUUAUAGUCAUAUGUUUCUGAAUCAGAGAUAAAGUUAAAUCCAAGGCCUUUUAGCUACAUCUCAGCAUGACUAGAUCAUGUUGUGUCUGUCUCCAAAACACAUAGCUUCAGUUCACCGAUCAGCGGGAGGGGAGCAAAUUCAGCCUAUAAAUAUAGAAAAUACAAAUCUGAAAACAUUGGGCUUGGGUUUGUUUUCUUUUAAACAGUUGUGAUAAUAAAAUGACUGUUUCUGUCCAAAAAAGGUGGGGACUUGAAGUGUUUGGAGAGCAAACAGCAGUGUGCCCUUUUCUGUAUUUUGAGCUUUAUUUACAGCAUUACAAAGACAAAAAAAAAAACACGAAUUUACAGGCCAUUCAAAGUCUGUGUUGUCAUGCUUGCUCUGAACAGCCCAAACCACAACGUGCAUCAUGGGAGAGUUGUGGAGCAAGGGGGCGGAGAAGGGGUCAGUCAGGGAAAUGUCCCAGGCAUUGAGAGUGCAUACUUGGCCAUGGACACUGAAGAGGGGGUGGAGGUGGUGUGGAACGAAGUGCAGUUUUCAGACAAGAAGGUUUUCAAGUCCUUUGAGGAGCGGAUAAGGGAGAUGUUUGAGAACCUGAUGCAGGUGGAGCAUCCGAACAUUGUGAAGUUUCACAAGUACUGGUUGGACAUGAGCGAGAGCAGAGCGAGGGUGAUUUUUAUCACUGAAUAUAUGUCAUCUGGAAGUCUCAAGCAGUUUUUGAAGAAGACCAAGAAAAACCACAAAACUAUGAAUGUGAAGGCAUGGAAGCGUUGGUGCACGCAGAUACUCUCUGCACUCAGUUACUUGCAUUCAUGUGAUCCACCCAUUAUCCAUGGUAACCUGACCUGUGACACAAUCUUUAUCCAGCACAAUGGCCUCAUAAAGAUCGGCUCAGUUUGGCACAGGCUGUUUGUUAAUGUGUUUGCUGAGGCGAUUCAUGGGAAUGUGCAUCAACAUCGAGAUGAAGUGCGGAACCAGCAUUUCUUUGCUCCAGAGUAUGGCACUGCUGGAGAUGACUACGCCAUUGAUAUAUUUUCAUUUGGCAUCUGUGCCUUGGAGAUGGCAGUACUAGAAAUCCAGGCCAAUGGAGACAACGCAGUUUCGAAAGAGGCCAUUGAUCAUGCUGGACAAUCACUUGAGGACCCUCUCAUGAGGGAAUUUAUCCAGUCGUGUGUGCGCACAGAAGCCAAGACGAGACCUACAGCUCAUGACCUGCUGUUCCACAGAGUGUUAUUUGAGGUCCACUCCUUAAAACUGCUUGCUGCGCACUGCUUUAUCAAUAACCAGUAUCUCCUUCCUGAGAAUUGUGUGGACGAGAAAACAAAAUCUUUUGACCCUAACGGCAUCAUGGCAGAGAUUAAUCAUUGUGACCGACCUGGAAUCCAUCUAAAGUACUCUCACGUUUCUCCUCUAGAGCUGGACAAAUUCCUUGAGGAUGUGAAGAACGGCAUAUAUCCGCUCAUGAACUUUGCUUCCCAGCGGCCGCAUCCUAUCCCCCGUGCUCUUUCUUUGUCACAGGAACAGAUGGAGACUGUGAAGACCCCAACCCCAGAACCACAGGAGACUGAAACCAGAAAGGUUGUCCAGAUCCAUUGUAAUUUGGAAGCGAAUGAGGAAGGCACAAGGAGUCAUCUCUCUCUCUUUUUAAAAAUGGAUGACAGGCUUCACCGGCAGCUUAGCUGUGAUGUUUUGCCAUCUGACAGUCCCAAAGAUUUGGCUAGUGAGUUGGUUCACCAUGCUUUCAUCAGUGAGGAAGACUGCGAGAAGUUGGCAUGUUUUCUUGAGGAUGCAUUAUGUAAGCACUGGUCAGGGACGUCCACCUCCCCUACUGCCAUGGCUGUGAUGUACUAAGCCCAGCUGGUCACAUAAUAGACAAACAGAGAUUGAAGACUGGGCCAGAGCUUGAGAAAAAAAAAUGGUGGCGAGAGAUCCAGAAGAGGGACAUGAGACCAAAAGCGCAACAUUACAUAAUGAAGGUCAUGACAAGAUGGCUUCAGAAUAAGUGAUGGGCCUGGGGAGAAAAGCUCGCACCAUACCGUGCAUGGUACCUGCACAAACUCCAAAGAGCUCAAACUGUUCAUUUUGAUCUUGAAGGUCGAAUUACUGCUAUCAUCUCACCAUGACGAACAUUUCUAUCACUUGCAGAGAUUCAGCUUCAGUGCCAGCAUUUUGGUUGUGAUUUUUUUUUUUAUGCAUUUAAAGGAUUUUUAAUAACAUCCCUCCAAGUCAUUGUGCCUAUAUGGCAUAAUCCAUCCUCAUCAUGCAAAGGACAAAAUCUCAAACAGACAGUUUUGUUCCAGAUAAAUGUGUUAUUUAUUAUUUGAAACAAUUAAUACCUGGCCUUGGUAUACAUGUUUAAAAGUUCAAGCAAGGAAAUGCAUUAAAAUGUCUGAUUCUGCAUUUCUAAAUUAUCUUAUUCUGUAUGCUUUAACAAGCUGACGUUGAGCAAACGAAUUUACGGUACUAUGACAAAAGUGCUCUUGGCACCUAUUAUACUAAUAUAUUUCAAUUUCAUUUUUUUCAGACCUUAAACUUCAUUUCUUGCUCUUAAUCUUGAAUUUGUAAUCUUAAUCUUUGAAUUUUACAGUUUAAGAUUUUUUUAAUUGAACUAUGUAGAUCUCAAUUGCUUUUUUCAUGCAGAUGGUAACUUUGCAGAUGUUUGUAAACAUAGCGGUAUUCUUAAGUAGUACGUUACCAUUCAAAAAUUUUAGGUCAGUAUGAUUUUGGGGGAUUUUUUGAAAGAAAUUAAUACUUUUA